AUGAGUGGCAUAUCAAACACGCAAAAUAACCACAAUUCUAAUGAAGAAUAUCAGUUCUUCAAGUUUCGAGACGAGAAUAUUGAAAAACUUAGAAAGCGGCAAGAAUUGAAUCUGGAAUACCAAAAAUUCAAGCUUGAAGAUGAAGAAAAGUUCCGCAAUAGGUUUGCUUCAAAGAAACGCAAUAAGUCAGAACAGACAAACGAAGUGACCACCAAUAAAACAUUACCAGCCACAAGUGAAUAUCCUGGAGACAACAUCAAAAUACUUCUGGAAAGGUUGGAUAGUCUCCAAAAAGAUGUCAACAAAUUAAAACAACAUCAGGCGCAUUCAAUAACAGGAAGUAACAGCAACAUGGAUACGAGUUGCCUUAUGAAAGAUGAAGGCAACCAAAAGAUUAAAGCAGAGGAAAUUAAGAACUCUAACAUAGUUGACGAAGCUGUCAAGCACCUGAACGAAUUGGAGAACAUUAUAAUGACAUUAAAUAUCACUGAAAGCCAUGAAACAGCCGGUACUGAUGCCCAAUCAUCGAGUUCCCCUGAAUGUUUCAACGAUGAUAUUGGGAGUAAACCACAUUUCUUAAUUUUAUCCGGUAAAUCUGGAUCACAAGAAUGCUCAAAACAAAUGAAGCAGGAAGAAUAUGCAAAUGAACUAAAGAAACAAAUUGAAGACAAACAAAGGCUAAAGAAAAUGGAGCGCCGGAAGGAAAGAGAAGAAGAUCGAUUGAAUUUUGCAGAAAUGCAUGAAUUCAACACCUUGGGUCAACGGAUUCGAGACAAGGAUGAAGAAUCGGUGGACCAGAAACCUACAUUAUCGGAUACAAAACAUUCCCGAUACGCUAGAGGUGGCAAUGGAAUAUUUGGCGACCCAUUAACAGAAACUCAGAAACAGGCUAACGCAAUAUAUCGGGCGGAACUAAUGAGUCAGAUAGAGGAAAAAAGGCAACGUGAAGCAAAGCGAAUUCAAGAGGAAAAAGAAAUUGACAAUAAGGAGAAAGAAUACGAAAGUAUGAAUGCAUCUGCUUCUAAUACACCAAAAGAUCAUGAUAAAGAACAAUCUGAUGAGGUUGCCGAAACAAUAACAGCCCCUAGAUCCCCAAAGGAGGCAAGUAACAAGCAUAACGUCUGCGUACAAGUCACACUGGAGCGCAGAUAUCAACAAAGUAAAACAAAGGCGAAAAAAGUUGUCAGGACCUCCAAUCAAAGUAAGAAAAUAAAAGACUCCCCAAAAUUAGCUGAUCUGCUUGCACAAGUAACUCAAUUGAAGGUCGAGUUGGCCGCGGAAGAAAGGCGCAUUCAGCAAAGCCGAUCAGAGAAUGAAGAUGUUAUCCAAGUGUAUGAUCCGAGAUUGAUAAAUUCAGGUUCCUCUAAGACUGAUUGGUCUGCUAGCCCAAGUUUCACCAGACCCAUAAGAGUCCACAGGGUUAUAGCAGCUCCAGCUUAUUCGAUCGAGGUGAGAAAGAGUAAACAGGACUUUGAAGAACCAGUAUUUCUGAGCUCCAGUUCAACCUUUCUGCCACACGGGGAAGAGAUCAUUGAACGUUCUCCUUCUGUAGAUUCACUGAAUCUGGACGAAAUUAACCGACGAAUGGAACGCAGAUUUGAACAACUCGGAAUCCGCGAGGACUUAUACAAAAAUGAGGAGCCUAUAAUUCGAAAAUUCAUGGCUGAAGAGGAGGCAAGAAUCAUGGCCGAUUACAAGUGCUACUGA